GAAGGAUGCACCAGGACAGUGAAGAUGGAUGACAUCUUCCUUAUCAGUGGGAACUGGAACAAUGUCAAGCAAGGAGCGUUUGACAUGGCCAGACUGAGAAAGGCAAUCAUUGAACCACUUAAUGAGCUUCAGAAACAGGCCUUUGUGAUGCUGUGUAAAGACUACUCCCCGGGUAUGAUCCCCACCAAGUCUACACUACUGAAACAGAUGGUGUGGACACAGGCUGUCCAGUCAGGAGCUCUGAGGCCCUGGGCUGGACUCAUGGUGGACACACCUGUAGACCUAGAGUCAAUCAAGGAAUCCUGUGAUGUGUACAAGAGGUGUUUUGGCCUGGAUGAGGCUUCCCUGGAAGACUUGGCUGAGUUAUCUGGGAUAAAUAAGGAGUGUAUCCGAGAGUCCGUACGAAGGAAACUGCCCAUAUGUACAAGUCUCUUGGACACUACUGAUCCAUUGCCACAACCCAAUAUCCGUGGGCUUGUUGGCAUGAUGGCCAAAAAUGGCAGUACUCUCAUGACUCUUGAAGUUGCAAAUUACUCGUUUGAAACGACUGUAAACUGCGGCUCAUUGAAAGGGAAAGCCAUGCAUGUUGUUGCAUAUUUCCUGCGUAAGAUAAUCACUGAACAGGCAGAAUGUGCAUGUGCACUCUAUGAGGAACUCUUUAACACCAGAUAAGGUUGUGU